UUCUAUUAAAGGAAGAUGUAGAGAAAUGAGAACAUUAAGAGACCAAAUCGUUUCCUUCACAUCCAUCUCUCUACUCUAUAUAUGUUUCUAAGUUUCCUCUCCUCUAUUCAUUUCUAAAUCCCAUAAUCCAUAUCCUUCCCUCAUUAGUCCUCUCCAUUAUGACGGUUAAGAAAGUCGAGAUGAAAGUGGACAUCAACUGUGGAAAAUGCAAAAACCAAAUCAUGCAAGCUGUCACAGAGCUAGAAGGUGUGAAUCAGGUUGAACUGGAUGAAGAGAAGAGUUUGCUUACAAUAGUGGGUACAAUGGAUCCCAUAUGCAUUGCAGAACAGCUUAGGAAGAUCAAACAGAAACCAGUAGUAGUCAACAUUGGACCACCAAAACCUCCAGAGACCAAGCCAGAAGAAAAGAAGCCAGAGUGUUGCAAACCUUGCCUUCCAUACUACUACAAUACAUGUGACCUUCCUUACUACAAUAAUACUUGUGACAUGGUAGCAGUUAGUACUUAUGAUAACGGAAGCGGCUGCACCAUUGUUUGAAAUUUCUCUUUCCCAUUCAUGUAAGAUUACUGCAACUUGUGGUUUUGACAUAGUUUCUUUAUGUGAUCAUGUUUUAUAAUAUUUUUUCUUCUUGUGAUGAAUCUUUGUUAUUGGCACCUCUCAUGUUUUCUGAACCAAGGCUUAAAUAUCAUUUGA